AUGCCUCACCAAACCUCCAACACACCGUUGGCCAAGUAUACCCAUCCUCCCGAGACGAAAGAGAGGCUCUCCUAUGCUGACCUCGUCACUCUCGACCUUUCCGAAUAUGACAAGCCAGGAGGAAUGGAAAGGCUAGCCGACCAGCUCAGACAAGCAGCUCACACCAUCGGCUUCUUCUACAUCACCAACAUCGGCCUCACCCAAUCCCAAAUCGACCAACAGUUCGCCAUUGCAAAGGCCUUCUUCGCCCUGGCCCCUUCGGAAAAGCUCCAGUUCCGCGCGCCCCUCGAGGAUGGCAACUACAACGGCUACCGCCCCCUCGGCUCCGUCGAGAUUCUGCCCGGUCUCGACGACAACCUGGAAUUCUACAACGUCUUCAAGUUCCUCCCGCAGACGCAACGGCCGCAGCCGCAAAUAAUAAGCCAAUACGCGUCGCAAAUUGAGCAUUUCCAGCGACACAUGCACGAAAAUGUAACCUGCAAGCUCCUUCGCCUCGUUGCGCACAUACUAGAGCUGCCCGAGGAUGUCUUGGUCAACGGGCACCGGUACGAGGCCAAUUGCGACAGUUCCCUGAGGUACAUGAUGUACCGGGCUAGGUCGGAAGCCGAGAACGAGAAAUACAAAGGUCUGUAUCUGCGUGGGCAUUCGGACAAUGGGACACUGACCUAUGUCUUUCAACAACCCGUUGCUGCGUUGCAGGUGAAGCGUGGCCCGGAUUCGGGGUGGGAGUAUAUACGCAUUCCGGAGGGCAAGGUGGCUGUGAAUAUUGCGGAUAUACUUGAGUUCUUGUCGAAUGGGUACAUCAGGAGCGGCAUACACAGAGUAGUUGCGCCGCCGGGUGACCAGGCGUGCAUGGAUCGGCUGGGCCUGUUGUAUUUUGUGCGCCCGAGUGACGACUUGCCACUGAAGACGUUGGACAGCCCGUUCCUGAGGAGCGUGGGGUGUGGGAAGGAUGGGAAGAGCCAUGAUUUGGAUAUUUCGGCAACUGAGUGGGUGAGGGUGAGGGUGAGGAAGAAUUGGAAGGGGUCAGUGAGUGAGGGCGAUGAUACCGGGGAAGGGUUUCUGGCAAAGGUGUUUUAUGACUAG